AUGACAGUGACUCUUCAUCUUAUUUUCUAUGCGGCUUUACUAGCAGCAAUAAUGAUAUCAAGAACUUAUCAAUGUCACUUGGAAUUUCAUACAGAAUUAUUGCAUCUAUCAGGUUGUUUAAAUACUUCAAUAGAAAUCGAAACAACUUAUUGCCAAGGUUAUUGUUCUUCUCAAGAUUAUCUUAUCUAUGAUUGGCAAUCUGAAUCAAGACCAUAUCGGCAUCAACAUAAUAUCACUUGUUGUUCACCAAAAAUGACUGUAUCGCGUGAAAUGAAAGUUCUAUGUGAUGAUAGACAACCGCGAAUUAUCAAAUAUCCUCUUGUUAUACGAUGCCAGUGUCGAGCAUGCACUGAAAUUUGUAUUAGUUAA